AUGAAGCACGUAGAUGAAGAGUCGGCACAAAAGUUAACCGUGAGGAGACUUUUUCUAACGCGUGGGAAGCUUAAAGCGUCCAGUCGCACCUCGGCUCUGAUGUCAGGGUUUGCAAUGGUAACAAAUUUUUCCUGUUUUGUUUUGUUUUGUUUUUUUUUAAGGAAUAAACAAAUGUAGCCGCAAUUUUCUAAAGAAUGAAAACUCCAAUCCUUUGAAAAAUCCGCCGUCCUUAAAGGAAGAAAUUGGUGUAAAAGAUUGUUUACUUGUUCAAUUUACAAGUUUGCUUCUGUUUACUCUUAAAAUUUAUACACAGUAGCUUGAUGUUUGUAGCUAAAGUUAAGCUGAUAAAUGCAGGGUAAAAGCGUUGUUUAACUUAAAUAUUAAGAUUUACGCUUAAUAUUUUAAUGACAGGCUUACUUUAAGUUAAUGUAAGUUCUCUUAUUGUUUUAUCAAUGACUUCGACGUCGUAUUCACAGCAAUUUGGUGUACAACAUUCCAGAGUUUCGCGAAUAUUAUGCAAGGUACAACAAAAUUUAGGAUCGAUUAUUAGCCACAGUUCAAGUCAAAACAAAAAACAAAAAACUGGAAUAAUAACAUGAUCGAUCUAGACAUUGACUUUCCGCUCCAGUAUAACCCAAACAUUUGCCUGUUUUUGGCCUUGUUUUGCUGAUGGGCCUGGCUCAGGCUUUUUUGUGUCUUAAAAAGGGUGGGCAUGAUCACAGGCGAGGAUGCCUAUGUACCGAGCCAAGACUUGAGCCAGGACUUGAUGCAGGCUCAGUUUGUCAAUCCUGCCUUUUGGGUAUCAAAAUAUCAUAAGCUGCCGACCAAUAUUUUUCUAGACACGUUAUUUUCAACUAGUUAGCUCAAUUCUUUGGCUCUCUGGUGCCCAAAUCUGUGCCUAGUUUUGAUGAAAAAUUUUCUUUGAUAAUGUUGGUGCUAGUUAAACUGUUUACUUACAAACUCUUUAUUUGCAGAUAGCAAUGGUUGAAAUUCAACUAGACGAUGGUAUUCCCAAAGGAUUAUUGAUAGCAUUUAGCGUGAUGACCACAAUUCUCAUCUCAGUGCAUGUCUUUGCACUUAUGAUAUCUGUCUGCAUUCUGCCAAACAUUGAUGGAGUGGCAAAUAUCCACCAACAAGGUACACAAGUAGUUCGAGAUUCACCACAUGAAAAACUCCACAUCCACAUUGAGAUUGCAUGGAUUUUCUCAACAGGGCUAGGAACACUUCUUUUCUUAGCAGAGAUUGCAAUAAUCUGUUGGGUCAAGUUCUACCGGCACAGCCAAACUGCAGCUUUGGCGGCAUCUGUGGUGUUGGUCCCAGUGUGUAUUGUGUUUGUGUGGUUUGCUAUUCAUUUUUACCGAUCUCUUGUUCAACAUAAGUAUGAAAGGUCUUUCCAGGGAAUUGAAGAACUUCAACAGAUUGCAAAUCAGUUACACACUGAUACAGGAACGUCACCAAGUACACCAACUCCAAGUCCUAUUCCCAAUAACAGAGCUUAA